AUGCGCCCAUAUCACGUCACGUAUUUAAAUGCUCAAUCGCAAAACGAAUUUAUUGAACUCAUUGGUCACGAGGUUCAACGGCGCAUCGUCCAAGAAAUCAAGGAUGCAGGUAUGUACUCGGUUAUGGCAGAUACGACACCAGAUGUAUCACACAAAGAUCGGCUUGCUAUUGCCUGUCGUUACGUGGAUAAGAUGGGUCUGCCCAGAGAACGUUUGGUGUCGCUGACUGAAGCCGUGGACAAGACUAGGGAAGGUGGAGCAACCGAGAUUAUCGGAUCUCUAACUAAACAAGGGUUGAAUCUGGACGAACUGUGCUUUCAAAGUUAUGAUUACACAGCAUCAAUGUCGGGUAGGUUUAACGGUGUGCAAAAAAAGCUCCAGGACAAGCUCGGGAAAAGUGUUCCAUACAUCCCAUGUUUAACACAUCGUUCGAACACGGUCAUAGAACACAGUUGCAAGGCAAGCCCAAUUAUCACAGAACUUUUCAACGUUUUGGAAGCACUUUAUGUGUUUUAUACGGGUCGCACAAAACGCAUGUCUUCACUAGAAGACUCGAUUCAGUCCAUGAAAGUAGACGAUCCACUGAACCUAAGAAAUCUCUCCAGAACUCGAUGGACAGCUCGCGCUGAGUCCAUAAAGUCUGUGUGGAUCUGCUACGAAGCCAUCCUAGACAGCCUUUCCAACCUGGAACAGUCGGAUGACGGUACUGCUUCUGGUUUGCGUUCCAAGUUGCUGCGCUUUGAUUGUAUUGUGUCAAUUAUGUUUAUGAAGAACAUUAUGUACACGACCAAACGAAUGACGGAGACACUUCAAAGUGAAGACCUCAACGUGAUCGAUGCCAUAACUAUCGUUCAGUCGACAGUAACUAACCUACAAAACGUCAAUGACAACAUCGAUGGAAUGAAUAAAGAAAUUCAAGCGGCUGCAUCAUUUGCUGAGAAACUUGGUGUAGAUGUUGGUACCGAUUUUCUACGAUAUCACCGUCAAAGAAAACCCUCAAGGCGAAUCGAUGACAACCCCAGUACAACUGCAAAUUUAAACGUGGAAUCAUUCUAUCGAAAAGAAUUUAAAGCGGUUUUAGAUACGCAGAUCAACACGUUUACGGAUGUCCUAGAGAACUGUGUUGCCACAAUCAAACCUCUGUUCCAAGCCCUACAACCAGGUCAAGAACCAUCUUCAAUUCAAACCUUUGAAGCUUUGGCGAAGUUCCAUCCCGACAAAGACAGACCAGAUCCAGAUGCUCUUAUGUCUGAAAUAGAGACGUUUAAGUUGCACUUGAAAACGACACAUGAAGAAGAUGCUAAAGAUAUUUCUAGCGCCGCAAAAAAAGCAGAGGAAAUGAAGUUGGUGUUCCCUUUGACCAACAGAGCUUUUCGUCUGGUUUUAACUGCCCCAGUGACUGUCGCCAAGGAUGAACGAACUUUUAGUAAGUUAAAAACAGUGAAAAACUUGUGCAGAUCAAGAACUAGCGAUGAGAGGUUAGAGGAACUUAUGUUCAUGGCUUGUGAAAAAGACAUCACGGAUGAAAUACCUGUACAGAAUCUAGCCACACUGUGGGCUAGUUUGAAAUCAAGGCGAAUUACCAUCGGUCCGGUGUAA